AUGGCUCAAGACCCUCGGGUCCUGCUACAAAAAGCCGACAAGGCAGCGCAAGGCGCAACCGGCGGCUUCAGUCUCUUCGGCGGACGAGGCGAGAAAUGGGAGAACGCCGCCGAUCUAUACACACAAGCCGCGAAUGCUUUCCGGGUACAAAAGCAGAACCUCGAAGCCGGCAAAGCAUUCGAAAAGGCAGCCUCGAUCCAACAGUCCAAACUCAACGAACCGGACGACAUGGCCAACACGCUCACCGAAGCGUUCAAAGUCUACAGAAAGGAGUCACCUCAAGACGCGGCCCGCGUCCUCGCGACAGCAAUCCAGCACUACACCUCCAAGGGCAACUUCCGGCGGGCGGCCACGCACCAGCAAAACCUGGCCGAAGUGUACGAGAUGGAGAUUGGCGACCAAAAGAGAGCGCUCGAAGCCUACGACACGGCCGCGCAGUGGUACGAGUCGGACAACGCCGAGGCGCUCGCCAACAAACUGUACCUCAAGGUCGCGGACCUGGCGGCCCUGGAGGGCGACUACCAGAACGCGAUCCAGAAACUAGAGGCGGUGGCCAAGUCGAGCUUGAACAACAACCUUAUGCGCUGGUCCGUCAAGGACUACUUCCUCAAGGCGGGCAUCUGCUACCUCGCGGCUGGGGACCAGGUGGCCACCAGGCGAGCGCUGGAGCAUUUCCGCGAACUCGACGGCAGCUUUGCCAGCACCAGGGAGAACAUGCUGUUGACGGAUCUGGUGGGGUGUGUGGAAGAAGGCGACCAGGAGGGCUUUACGGAUAAAUUGCUCCAGUUCGACCAGUUGAGCAAGCUGGAUAAGUGGAAGACGACGUUGUUCCUGCGGGUCAAGAACGCGAUCGAGAAGGAGGAGGAGGAUUUCUCAUAG